AUGCCAAGCACAAUAACGACGCCCAUUCAAGGCGUGGGUAAUUGUGGUGAAAACUGGAACUCUUUCGGCGAACACUGUUACUAUGUUAGUGAGGAUAGCAGUUGGACAUUAACACCUAAAAAGUCUUGGUUCAAGGCACGCCAGUGGUGCCUGGAGAACGCUGGCGAUCUUCUUAGUAUACAGACUACCGGUGAGGAGGAUUUUGUAACAACAUUGGUCAGCAAGACACAAUACACCAAGUUUUGGAUCGGUGCAAACUCGUUUGAUCUUCAGGGAUACAGAUGGGCCGACGGCUCUCCAAUGAUCUACAUUAACUGGGCCAAAGGAGAGCCAAACUCUGUUCACGGGAGCGAGAGAUGUGUGAAUAUCCACUCAGGGAAGAAUAACGUCAUUCCGGGGACCUUCAAUGACGACAACUGUGCUGAUAAAAUGCCAUUCAUAUGUAAGAAACACCAGUCAAGUAAGACAGCUGGAACAAUGGCUACGACACCCUCCAUUGGCGGUUAUUGUCCCAGAGGAUUUCACGGCGUUGGUAACAGGUGUUACAAGUUUUUCGGAAAGGUGGAUUCAGAGAGGAAGACAUGGGAGGAUGCGGCAGCUGCAUGUUCGACCUUGGGUAAAGAAUUUACUUUGGCCUCCAUUACGAACCCUCUGGAACAAGGGUUCGUAACCAGUUAUUUGCAAGACACCGAUGUUGACCUCUGGAUAGGCUUGAGCUCUACUUUCGACUAUAUUUAUGCCCGCCGCCAUGUUUUCCGUUGGCUGACCAACGAGGAAGCGAGCUUUGUGAACUGGGACGUUAGGAGUCCCACGUUAGGACAAUCAAAUGAUAGAGAAUGCGUUAAAGUCAGAAAUACUAAGAGACGUCUGGGAAGAUGGGUUGACGUAGAGUGUUCUCAGGUUAAUGGCUACAUAUGCCAAACCUGGAAAGAUUCCCGUAUCAGUACUCCGUGGACACCAGCGGUUUCAACCUCGGGUGCCUGUAAGUCUGGUUACACGACUUACAAUGGUCAGGCAUGCUAUAAACUCUACAUGGAGGCUGUUAGCUGGGAACAAGCACGGGACCAAUGCACGGACGAUGGGACUUUGUUGGCAUUUGUACCAGAUCUCCGCACGGAGGCCAAUAUUCAGUUAGUAAUGGCAGAGGCGUCUGGCCAACCUGCUUGGGUUGGUUUAAAGGAUAUGGGUCAGCAAAACUUUAGUUGGGUGAACGAAUGGCCUCUGACCUAUACUAACUGGGAUCAGGGUCAACCAAGCGCAGCAGGCCAGUGUGGUGUGAUAACUCCCAACGCCAAAUGGAGGUCUUCAGACUGCAAUGAUAGAUAUCCUUUUGUCUGUAUGUCAACGGAGGCCAAACCCCCAACCACCACGGUGCCAUUGCCUGGGUGGUGUCCUGAAGGAAACGGGUGGAUUGAGUACGGCGCUUCCUGUUUCUUUUACGAUGCGCAUGCGUAUGAAACUUGGGCGGGCGCUAAAUUUGAAUGCUACAAGCGUGGAGGACAACUUGCAUCUUUCGCAAAUCAAGAUGAGGUGGAUUUUAUUCUUGGUUUAAUGAAAAGUGAGAGCACGUAUAGAAACUUGUGGAUUGGUCUUAUUCGAAGAUUUCAAGAUGAGUUUGUUUGGGUUGAUGGGACACCUGUUGAUUUCACGAACUGGUCACCUGGACAACCACGUGACCAAGGAAGAAGCGAGGACUGCGUGGAGUUCAAGGUCACGACCGGUGAAUGGGAUGACAUCGUUUGUAACCGUGGUUUAGGAUUUAUAUGCAAAACUCCAAAGAUUAGGCCAACAGCAUCCGUAUCGAUCAACGAAACAUCACCAUUGCAAACGGAAUCAGGAAAUCCCACGGUAUCACCAGAGACCAACAAGCAGACAGAGGCACAAAUGGGACUACCCGUGAAUGGAGGGACUGUUGCAGUAAUAGUUCUAUGUCUGGUCAUUGCUUGCCUACUCGCCAUCAUAGGGUUCACUGUAUUUAGACGGCGUCAAGUAUCCAUUGCUUUGGCGUCCUUCAACAAAGAAACUGGAGACACUGUGGCAUUUUCAUAUGCAGAUAACAAAGAUACUGAGCUUUUUGAAAUACCAUUCAAUGACGAAAAUGAACGUUUGUAAAAUGGAUACUCAUCGCCAGUCUGGGGACCAAUUUGGAAAUAAAAAGCAUGUUAAACCUGGUACUUGUUAGCCUUAACCAACGGGCGUUCUACUUUUUCUGUUACAUCGCGUGAUAAUAUUUUCUCAAAAUUUGGAAUAAUUUCAAGUGGCCAAUAUGACACCUAGAUCUGAUCAGUAUAUAGGAAGUAGCAAGAACAUUUGCUGGACGGGUAAAAACCAUAUUUAGGAGGAAGGUCACCUGUUAUCCUCGACCUGUGACCAGCCAUAUUUAUUUUUUCCCUUACCCAUUAAAUGCCCUUUGCCUACCAUUACUCCAAAGUCACUGCAUAGCAAUUGCCCUUGAAGGGUGAUAUUGUAUUUUUAUUAUUACUGUGGUUUGAAGUCCACUUUUUUCCUGUGAACUGUGAUCUUCGGUUUUAUUCUCGUGUUCCUGUUACGUAGGCCAAUUCUGUAAGUG